UAGACUGAGCUCCCUGCGGGUGGUGGGACUGAGGUGCUGUUAUGGCGGACCCCGGGGUUCCCGGCCGGUACGAAAGUGGUACGGGAAAUCUGGGGGCGAAGGAGGCGGCGGGUCCUGGAGGAGCCCUGGUGGAGCUCACCCCGACCCCCGGCGGCCUGGCUCUGGUGAGCCCCUACCACACCCACCGGGUCGGGGACCCCUUAGACCUCGUGGCGCUCGCCGAGCAGGUGCAGAAGGCUGAUGAAUUCAUCCGAGCAAAUGCUACUAACAAACUGACAGUCAUUGCUGAGCAAAUCCAGCAUUUGCAGGAACAAGCCAGGAAGGUGCUGGAGGACGCUCGCCGAGAUGCUGACUUGCACCAUGCGGCUUGUAAUAUGGUGAAAAAACCUGGCAACAUUUACUAUCUUUACCAGCGGGCCAGCGGCCAGCAGUACUUCUCCAUUAUUUCUCCAGAGGAAUGGGGAACAGGCUGUCCCCAUGACUUCCUUGGUGCCUACAAGCUGCAACAUGACAUGUCGUGGACUCCAUAUGAAGACGUGGAGAAGCAAGAUGCUAAAAUCGGCAUGAUGGACAAGCUGCUGAGCCAGCCCAUGGCCUUGCCCCCAUGCACUGAACCCACCUUCCAGGGACUGCCUCACUGAGUAUGGCUCUGACUAGCAGCCCUCACGACCAAGGCCUGAGCGCUACCCACCUCCUGUCCACAUUCUUUCCCUGGGAGUGGGGGUGAGGGGGGGCUAUGGGUUUUUGGGUGAAUUAUGAACUACUUGGACGAUGA